AUGGCUAGUUCAAACAUGUUCCUUCUCUAUUCAUCUUCGUCAAUAGAUGUGACCCUCUCUCCCCGCUGGGGAGAAGGCCACAUUGAACCGACGUUUAACCCUGACGCUCAAGUCACUCUACUCGAGGGUAGUGGCAUUGAAAAUGGAAUAAUGACUGCCAACGUGCGUUGUGACAACUGUAUAAAUCAAGAGAACGAUCUAGCUUCUAGCAAGUGGAUAUGGGCCUACAAGGAAGGACAGCCUUUAAGUUCCUCCAAUGUUUCGCAGAAAAUAGGGUUUCAUGACAACUUCGGCAGUGCCAAUGUCGAUCUUUCUCGGUCUCUGUCGAAUUCUGACAAUCCCUUUGUGGGAUAUGACCCGUCAACUAGUGCCAUGAGUUCGAAUAGGUCUGGAGGUAAUAAUAAGGCCGUCCUUGUCACACAUGGCUUUCUCAUGUCAUUUGCAUUUGUCCUCUUAUUCCCUUCAUUUGCGCUCUUGGUCCCAGCUCCCUUGUCGAUACCAGUCCUAAAAGCCCAUGCACCUCUUCAGGUAGUCACUCUAGCUAUCGCGAUUGCUGGAAUGGGACUAGGGCUUCGACUUUGGGUUGGCGGAGGAGUGCCGCAGAAUACAGAUGUGCAUCCUAUUCUCGGGAUUAUAGUGAUGGCACUUCUCAUUCUGCUUCAGCCUCUAAUGGGCUGGUUUCAGCACCUACAGUUCCGUCGAAACGGUGGGAAGAGUGUAUUCGCGCACGCACACCGUUGGCUUGGCCGCACCAUGAUUAUUCUUGGGAUCAUCAACGGCGGUCUGGGAUUUCGCUUGGCAGGCAUAGGCAAGCCCGGCACCUCACGAGGCGCAAUGAUUGCGUACUCGGUCAUCGCCGGCGUUAUGGGACUAGCGUACAUCUCGGUGCAUUUAAUCGGGACAAUGCGGCGGGGUGCAAAGCAGACGUCAGAGUCGGUGGGAGAGACGAAAGAAGUAAAUGAUGACGGUGAGGAGGUGGAAAAGUGA